GACGCCUUGUUGUAGUCAUAAAAAUGGGGUCAAUAAAGACUUCAUUUUUUAGUUUUCGACCUAAAGUGACCGAAAACGUCAUUUUAGAGUAAUCUUGUCCACUGGGUUGUUUCGUGGUUUUUUAGGAACUCAUCAGCAUGGUCUAGGCUUGGUCUCUGGGACUACGAACGAAAUAGUCCGUCUUCUAUCUAGAAUAUAAGCUUGCUUUUAUGAAAAUGGCUUCAAAACAGUAAACUGGAAACAUUUCCUACAAGAGCUUAAUGAAAUCGAAGAAAAACUCAGCCAAACAAAAUUCACAGUAACCAAAAGCAUCUUCCUCAUGUGUCUCGAAAUAUUCUGCUACCACUUAGGAAUAACCUUACUACAUGCUGUCGAAAACAUUCUAUGGGUGGAAGAGGACAACACCGACCUCACCUACAUGUAUAUCUCCUUCAGAAUCGUCAUGUAUUUGCAGUUCUUCGACUUACUGUCAAUAUGCUGUAUCGCAAGGAUCAUGAAAAGACGCUACCAGUUCUUGAACAAGAGACUCAUCGAAGUUUUCAAAUAUGUUCACAAUGAGGAUGAUAUUUUACGGGAAAUUCGAGAGCUUUACUCAGUGCAUAGAAAAUUGUACUAUUUAUCAGAAACGUUCAAUGACGUAUAUGGCUGGCAGAUAUUCUUCAUUUUGAUCAGUACAGUACUAUCGCUGUUGAACAGCGCAAACUUUGCUUUUCUAACUGAAAACAACGCUGAAAAGGCCGAGUUCAACCUGGGACCUUAUGUAAUAUACAUCACAGCUUAUCCGGUGUUUUAUGCUUGUUCAACAACAGCCUUGACGCUAGCCUGCGAGGCCGCAAAAAAGAACGCAAUCACAACGUCGACGUUGCUGUUUAGAAAACUUCCAUGGCUUCCAUACAUCAUUGGUUGUUGCUCGACGAGAAAAGAGCUGAUGGAUAUCGCCAGGUCUGCCAAGGAAUUGAUACCGACCUUCUCGGCGGGUGGAUUUUAUCAAGUCAAUCAGCAUUUGUUGUCUUCUUUGUUUUCCACGGUCACUACGUAUUUGAUCGUGAUCAUACAGUUGAGUCUUUCAACUUAAAU